CGUGUAACUUGGCAGAAAAUGACCGCGAUUAGAGGAAUCGGAUUAAUCGCGAAUCGAUGUUUUCAAAUUAAGGAGCAACUUUUUUCAUCAAGAAACUUAUUUUACACCAAUGUCGGAAUCUCUAUUUCACUGUCAGCGGCUGGUGAUGUUCUUGAACAACACUACGAAAUUUUGAAGGGAGAAUGGGACUCGUGGAGUGGGAAAAGAACGACCCACAUGGCAAUUUCGGGAAUGUCAGUGGGAAUAAUUUGCCACCACUGGUAUCGUUUUCUGGAUGGGCGCCUACCCGGAAAAACGAUCGGCGUCGUAUUAAAAAAGGUUGUGAUCGAUCAGAUAAUAUGUUCGCCUCUUUGUAUAGGAAUGUUUUUUCUCACCUUAGCCAUUUUAGAAAAAAGCGAUUGGUCGGAAUUUAAGAAAGAGGUGAAAAGUAAGGCACACAAACUCUACAUAGCCGAAUGGGUCGUUUGGCCACCAGCUCAGAUAAUUAAUUUCUACCUUUUACCCACAAGAUAUAGAGUUUUGUACGAUAACACAAUUUCUCUAGGCUAUGAUGUUUACACGAGUCAAGUUAAGCACGAUAAUCGAAAAAUUACGGAAAAAUGACGUUGGAAAUUUCUUCCAGUUCGCGCGACUUUCAUUGAAUGAUAAAUCAUUCAAAGGAACAAAUUAGCACAAAAGUAAUGGAGCAAGAAAUUGAAAUAACUGCGGAAGAAAAUUGUUAAAAAGGUAUCAGUUGAAGAGUUUGUGGAAGAAAGAGUUUUUCAAAUGAUGAAAAAGCCUUUGGUCUUUUUAUUUUCGGGUGUAUAUAUUUAAGUACAGAUUAAUUUAAAUAAAAAGCGUAGGUAGGAGUACACGAUGUGUAAAUCCGUGUGACUAGUCUAGUCUUCGGGAACACUAGUUGAAAUUACGAAUUAAGAAAUGUAAAGAUGAGUGAUUCGCAAGUUCCUUAUUUUGUACAUUUUGGCUUUUUAGAGUAUCAACUUGCAGACCACUCACUUUUGUUUCAUUGUCGUCUUUGUACAUAUUCACAAAAUUGUCACCACUUUUAAUAAAUUGUUCGUUAACUGAU